AAUGGUCAUAUCAACUGGUCCGACCCCGAAACUCCCAUACCAUCCAAUCUACUUGACGAUGUGCUAUUAGACAUACUGGAAACAACCGGCCCCACCCAACUUUGCAAUUCUCCGUCCUAUACCUCUCGGAACGGGACCACAAUUUUCCUUGACCUUGCCCUCACCAACAACCCCACCUUAUCCCACCGCUGCACGGUCAUCCCUAGUCUCCCAGGCUCCGAUCAUCAGGCCCUCCUCACCAACAUCCACUGCACAGCUCCCAAGCAAGGCCACCAAGCCAGGAACUUUCUGCAGUUCGCAAAAACAGAUUUCCCUCAUCUCAACCAACUCAUCCAUCUCGCUCCUUGGUCCAUAGUGUUUGAUCACCAGUUGGCUGAUGAUGCCUACAACCUAUGGCUCGACAUGAUGUCAGCUAUUCAGCGCGAAUGUGCUCCCGUCAGGGUCAAUCGGAAGCGUGGCAACCUUCCGUGGAUGACAAAGGAGAUUGUGACCCUUGUAAGAUGCAAAAACCGUCUAUUCAACAAAGCGCGGAAAAAUCAAAACCCUACUCAUCUCAGUCAAGCCAGCCAAGCCCGCAAGGAAGUUGUAGUAAAGUACUACCGAAUCGCCGGUGUGGCGAUAUGUUCUACUAAGAACUGA